AGUCCAUCUACGGUCAUGUCCGGAACGGGCGUGUCUCUGACUUCAGGUGGGCGUAGCUGCAGGUGUGGGCGGGGUUUAAAGCCCAUCGGUAAACGGUUUGAUGUCAGAUCAGUUCCGGCUCGUGCGGUGUUCACAGCUACACACCAGACAAACAGAGUGAUGGCUGCGUCUCAGCUCCUGGAUGAACGAGAAGAUGAGAUUGAGAACGAGGGCUGGCAUAUGAUGGUGACAAUAGAAGGCAGGACACACCUCCAGACCACACCCGCACGCCCCUACCAGGAUUUACCGAGCGAUCAUACCGAUGACAAGCCUGAUGUCAGCGAGUCACGGAACGGCUUCCGUAAAACCUUACGCAAAAACCAGGACUACAUCCGCAUCUCCAUCCCAAAGGCCAACAUCAUCCAGGCGACUGCCGUCUCUCGUCUCCCGGCCGAGUGGUGGAAGACCUGUAUGGCCUUCAUCUGGGUGGCUUUUAACCUAGUGUUGACCACCGUCAUGAUCACUGUGGUGCACGAGAGAGUCCCCGAUAAAUCCAUCAGUCCACCCUUACCGGAUAAAUUCUUUGAUUACGUGGCUCGUGUGGAGUGGGCGUUCUCCGUCACAGAGGUGAAUGGAAUGAUUCUAGUGGCUCUGUGGUUCAUCCAGUGGCUCUUUCUCAAACACAGGGCGAUCGUGGGCCGAAGGUUUUUCUUCCUGCAGGGAAUGUUAUACAUGUACCGUAUGAUCACUAUGUACGUCACAACAUUGCCAGUACCCAGCACGCACAUGGAGUGUGCACCCAAGCUGAAUGGAGAUUCUCAGGGGAAGAUACAGCGUGUUAUGAAGUUGUUGUCUGGAGGAGGUUUGUCCAUCACAGGAUCUCAUCUCAUGUGUGGAGACUUUCUGUACAGCGGACACACUGUCAUGCUGACCCUCACCUUCCUCUUCAUCCAGGAAUAUUCACCUCGCACGUUGCUAUGGCGUUUUUAUCACGUCAUCUGUUGGUUGCUAAGCGCAGUGGGCGUGGUCUGUAUCCUGGCUGCACAUGAGCACUACACUGUGGAUGUUGUGGUGGCGUAUUUCAUCACUUCCCGUCUCUUCUACUGGUACCACACCAUGGCCAACAACCAGACCCUGAGAGCUUCUCCUCGCAACUACCUCAACAGAACGUGGUGGAACUUCGCCUUUAACUUCCUGGAGAAGAAUGUUAAGACGACGGUUCCCUGCACAUUCUCGUGGCCAGUGUCCAUUCCGUCCGUGUGCUUUAAGAAUCCCUGCAGGAGUUAUUCGAAAGUGCAGAGCACACGAGAUGAAUGAUGAUGAUGAUGAUGAUGAUGAUGGUGAUGAUGUCACUGUAGUUCGAUGAUAAACAACAUCACAUCUGUGCGCAUGAACAUCACGAAGCACAUCAUUUGUCAGAGAUAUUACACACGCAUGACGUCACGUUACACGGAUUCUGAGCGUCUGGACACAAGAGCUUGACUUCUUUUCAUACCACUGUAUUCCAUUCUCUUUUGUACCUCAAACCGAGUGAAAUGUUUAUUUUAAUGACGUUUACCAAUGAAGGAUGAAAAAAAUCUUUUGUUUUUGUAUUGUGUUGGUUUUAAGUUAUAUGUUGUUGCCUUGUAAAAAAAGUCUUAUGAAUGUUAUGCAAAUAAAGUGCUAUUUUUAUUAGUUUUAGAAGUCCAUGGAGUCUCCUUCUACAAAUGUAGUAUUUAAGCAUCACCGCAGAGGCCAAACGUGUAGAUAGUUCAAACCAAAGUGAGUUUCUUCAGUGUUUGUAAACGGGCAUGGGCCGAUUACAGGGUUCAAGGUUUAAAACCGCUUACACUUUGCAUUAUACCGUUCCCUGUUUUUAAUGUCUCAUCAAAGACGGAAAGUGCAGGAAUCCAUUAGGUUCUGUGCUGUUUUUUGUUUGUGCUUCAUUUGUUGUUUGCUCAUCUGCGUUCGUUUGGUAAUGCAAAUAAAAAAUGACUAUAAAGGGGUGCCAUGCUUUCAAAAAUUUUGAAGAGUUUAACAUACUGUAUAACUACUGUUCCAAAUGCUCUGUGUUCCUAAAAAAAUAAAAUUUCAAGCUAUA